UUGAGUGAUGGAUUCCGCGAUGGAUACUGCGUCCACGGCCAGUGAUCACAGCAUCGCUUCAUCAAACGAUUCACGGGGCAGACAUAUUUCGUCCCCAAUACAGCACAACCACAAUGGUAGCAGCAGCCAUCAGCACCAGUUAGACAAAACGCGUACACCGACGCCUGUGAGCCCAGUACACAACAGUCACAGUGGCGGCAGCAACAAUGGGCCCCUGAGCAAUCACCAUAGUGGCCGCCAACUUUCGUCUAGUCCGCUGAGCGUCAGUGCCCAGGCUCAGAUGAUGGGUCACAUGGCGCACCCACUGAGCCCUCCACAUGUGUCUACGCCGACCAGCAUGGCUGGUAUGGUUGGGAUGCCGCCCAGGAUGGCACAGAACCUGUCGCACCUGCCGCCUCAUGGACUGGGCCUGCUGAACUCCUUCAUGCACCAUGCUAGUCCGCUCGAUUUGAUGGCCGCGGCCCAUCAUCACGUGCCGCCGCGAUCGUACAAUAGCCCACCGCCGAUCUCCAGCUCUGAUCCCACGGCUAACGAGUGCAAACUAGUCGACUACCGGGGACAGAAGGUGGCUGCCUUCAUGAUACAGGGUGAAACGAUGCUAUGUCUUCCGCAGGCGUUCGAGCUGUUUCUAAAACAUCUCGUCGGUGGCCUGCACACAGUCUAUACCAAGCUGAAGCGGCUCGACAUUGUUCCGCUGGUGUGCAAUGUGGAGCAGGUUCGAAUAUUACGCGGCCUGGGCGCUAUCCAACCCGGUGUCAAUCGCUGCAAAUUGCUGUCCUGCAAGGAUUUCGACGUCCUAUACAGGGAUUGCACCACGGCCAGAUGCUUGUCCAUAAAGCCACCUGAGAGUCUUAACUCCAGUAACUCUCUGCUAUCGCACAGUUCCAGGCCCGGCAGACCGCCGAAGCGAGGCCCGGUAGGACUUUCUAUGCCAACGUCGCACAUGCCGCAUCAUGCCCAGUUGAAGAAGCAUCGCUUAGACAAUGGAGAAUUUGUGUACGAGAACGGACAUCUUAAUGAUUUGCCCCGUCUGGAUAAAUCCCCGCUGCUGGCGAAUGGUUAUAAUGCACCCCCAACGCACCUGAAUCACAUACCGUUCAUGCAAAUGAACCCACAUCCAGCGGCUGGCGGUCAUCCGCUGAUGAGUCCUGGCGUUAACCCGCACGGCAUUCAGCGACCCGACGGAUCCAUCAUUAAAGGCCAGAACAUCCCCGGCAUGGAAGCUAUUGCAAGGUCGCAUCACACGGGCAUUUGGGAAAAUUGCAGAGCCGCUUACGAGGACAUUGUGAAGCAUCUGGAAAGGCUACGAGAGGAGCGGGGCGAUGACAGGACACCAAACGUUGACCACAAACCGCGGGAUCUCAGUUCACAAGGCAGCGGUCUUCCGCUCACAGAUUCACCAAACGGUCAGAGUCCAGCACUGAACCUGUCCAAAUCCGGUGUAGGAGAUCAUGGUGGCGCUAGCGGUGGAGGUGGAGCGGCUGGCGGUGGUAGCGGACCACAAAGCGAACGAAGCAACCCGAUCUCACCGGAACCGUCGGUGCACGAAGAGGAUGAGAAUAUGAGUGAAGCCAACAUAUCCGAUACGGAAGAACCGAACGAUAAGGACGAAGACAUCAGCGAUUGUGAGCGGGACAUUCAUUCGCCGGUACCAGCCGUCAUUCCGAUUCCGCAGGAGAUCGAGGCCCAUCGACAGCAAGCUUUGAAUUAUUCGAGCUUGGCAGCCAGCGUCGCUGUUGGCGCUGUUCCAACCGGUCAGGACCCGAACAUAUCAUCCACUGAGACGCUACUGCGAAACAUUCAAGGGCUGCUAAAGGUUGCCGCCGAUAAUGCCAGACAGCAGGAGCGUCAGACGUCCUACGAAAAAGCCGAGCUGAAGAUGGACGUAAUCAGAGAGCGCGAAGUGAAGGACUCGUUCGAGCGUCAGUUGGCUGAUGAAAAACGAUUACGAGCACUCUACCAAAAGCGAUUCAAAAAGGAGCGUCGAUUACGUAUCCAGAUACAGGAGCGGCUGGAUGGUGAACGGAAGCGGCGUGUUCAGCUAGAGGACAUCAUCAAGGCUUCCGGUGCACCCGCUGAAGCACUGAGAAUCAUUGCGGACAACAUUAGCAGCGAUCAGCAGCAGCGUGAAAAGGAGCGCGAGCGCGACUCGGAGCGUGAGAAGGAACGGGACAAGGAGCGAGAGCGUGACCGGGAUCGCCGGGAACAACGUGAUAAAGGACAGGAACGUGAACGAGAGCAUCAUCAUCAGCAAUCGUCCUCGGCGUCGGAACGGAACCGCGACCGGGGCGCUAUCGACGAGUCCUUGCGUGCUGAUAGACAUCGCGUAGAGGUCGAACGGGAGCGACGUGCAUCUUCGUCCGAGCGAUACUCGAAAGAAGAGAGUCCCGCGCCCAACCUUUCGAUAUCGUCACGUCCGAGCCAGGAAGUGUCACCUUCCCAGCCUCCAAUCAGCGAAGGUAAAUCGUGGAACUAUUCCGGCCUCGACAUCAUGGCUUCCGGAGCCUUCUGGCAGAAUUACUCCGAAUCCCUCGCCCAAGAGCUGGAGCUGGAGCGAAAAGCACGUCAGCAGGCGACCGAAGGGGAAGUAAAAGGGCCGCUGCAGGAUCGUUCGAAUUACUAUAAAAACUCCGUACUUUCGAGUACCAAUGCUGAAGUGCGUGUAAACAUAUCCUGGAGCCUUCGAGAAUUAAAAUGUUGGCAAGAAUAUGUGAGCUACUCUUACUUGCUGCAGGAUGAACGAUUUCCGUUGAGGAAUAAUGUGACGCAGAUUGAUUCUACGGUAUACCCAAAUGUAUGCAGCAAUGAUCGACAUAUCGUAAUUCCGGAAACCAAAUUCGCAGAGACCAGCAAUCCAGUUGCUGCACAAUCUCGACGAAGCAUUGGAGCUUUAAGCAGCGAACAGCAACCGGUCUUUACAGUGUCAAAGGAUGGACUAUACAUAUUUAUACUGCGUAUCGAGCCAGGCGAUAAGGAAAGUGUACGAUCCAAUGGCGAUGUGGACAUGCUCGGCGAAUACACGGCCAGCGUUCACGUCGAAAUAAGACGCCAAAGCGGCUACUUAUCGGCAGUCGAUUGGCCACUGCUUCCAUUCUAUGGCGCAAUGUGUUUGGUUUAUGUGUUACUUGGCAUUGUAUGGCUAACGGUAUCGUUUUUACAAUGGAGAGAUUUGCUUCGCAUACAAUUCUGGAUCGGAGGUGUAAUUCUACUAGGAAUGCUGGAAAAGGCCAUGUUUUAUGGUGAAUAUCAGAGCAUCAAUUCCACUGGAGUGUCAGUAAAAGGCAUGGUGCUCUUGGCAGAAUGGGUCUCGUGUGGGAAGAGAACGUUGGCCAGAAUGCUCGUUAUUAUAGUGUCCCUGGGUUUCGGAAUAGUAAAACCACGUUUAGGACCGAUGCUGCAUCGGGUGGUGGGAACAGGUGUGCUUUACCUGGUACUGGCCUGCGUAGAAAGCUUCCUGCGUAUCAUGCACACAAAAAAUGAUCCUAGCAAUCAGAUACUUGUUGCCAGCAUCCCGCUGGCAGUUCUCGAUUCAGCCAUUUGCUGGUGGAUAUUCACCUCUCUCGUGCAAACAACUCGCACUUUGCGUCUACGACGGAAUAUGGUGAAGCUCUCCUUGUAUAGACAUUUCACCAAUACGCUCAUAUUUGCCGUGCUGGCGUCUGUAGUGUUUAUGCUGUAUUCCAUAAAGGUGCACCGUUUUGCGGAUUGCUUGACGGAUUGGAAAGAGUUGUGGGUGGAUGACGCGUUUUGGCAUGUGCUCUUCUCGACCCUACUACUCGUAAUUAUGAUUCUUUGGCGACCCACUAAUAACAAUCAACGCUAUGCUUUCACGCCACUUCUUGAUAAUCCUGAGGAUGAGGAUGACGAAGAGGAAGAACAAUUUGUUUCCGAUGCGUAUGGUGUUAAGAUGCGAGGAACGCGAAGUAAUUCACCGAAACCCAAUGCGAAAAGCCCUACCACUGACGAGGAAAACUUGAAGUGGGUGGAAGAUAACAUCCCUGCAGCUAUCGCUGACGCGGCACUGCCUGUUUUGGAUUCGGACGAGGAAAUUAUCAACACAAAGUUUGAGGUCUCCAAAAUGCAAUGAGUUGCUUCAUCAGAAAUCCUACGUUACAUAGUAAAGUAAUGUAAGCUUGCCAGGUAAUUAUGAAAUCUGUAUCGAUACAUGGACAU